UUUUAAUUAUCUAAUAAUGGAAACUAAGAGACAAGAAAAUUUACGUAAAUGCAGAAGCCUAAAUUGCAAGAAUGACAUUAAGUUCUACUGUGAACACUGAAAUACAAAGAUUUGUCGAGAUUGUCGCAUAGAUUCUCAUAGCACCUGAAAUCCCAAAAUGAUCGACACUAAAACAGAUGGACUUGAGAAGAAAGUGAAGGAGUUGGAUGAAGUGAUCACCCGCAUCAAAAUUAUUUCUGAAAUAUAUGAAGAUUCUUGCUAUAUUGAAGGAUUUGAUCAAGUCUUCAAUGACCUCACCAAAAAUGUUUAUUGUAAUUACAUCACUGAUGUGAAGGAGGCUAUCGAGAAUGGAAAAUAUGAGGUUUUUGAAACACUUAUCGAUGAAUGCAGCAGAUUGAAAGAAGAUAUUAUUAGCGGAGACUUUGGAAGAGAUGAAAAGGGUUAUAACCCAAUCCAAAUGUUGACGUACAAUUAUUUCAUCAACCCGAAGUCGCCUUUCGAUGUGAAAGUUCACAAUGCUUUGGAGCAUAUAUCUCCAUUUGCAGGAGUUCCUUUGUAUUCUAAGAAAUUUAAAGACAUUUUUAAAGAAGUCUUUGAGAAAUACAUGGAGAAUAAAGAAAUCCGUGAUAAAAAAGAAGAGGAGAAAAAGAUGAGAGCGGAGAUAGAGGAAGAAAUAUCUCAAAAAUAUCAGAACCAAAUAAAAGAACUGGAAGACAAAAUAGUUUCACUGACUCUACAGUUAGCCAAAGCUCAAACAAACAGACCUCAUGCUCAGUAUCUGCCAGCCAACCCUCAAGCCACUUCUUUCCCACCAAGUAGACCUCAAAAGAGAGCUUUUCCAUUACCUCUAAAAGUCAGAACAGCCCGUCAGGUUCCAUCUUACCAUACCCCUUUUGAUUUUCCUUCAGCGGAGUCAUCUUUUGAUUCUGAUUCGAUGUUCUCUGACUCUUACAACACAAUGGAUCCAUCCUCAGGGCAUGAGAUGUAUUCUGAAACUCCACAAUCAGCUUUUCAGUCAGAGCCUUCAUUCUUGCUCGAGCUCGAUUCUAAUGAAAAAUUUGAAGGCGAUGAUGUUGGACAAAAACUGGCAUCACAGACAGCACUUCCAGGAAUCAAAGCUGUGAGAGUAUCCAAUAUUGGCAAAGACUUAACGAAGGUUGACAACUUUCUGCAACAAUGCAUCUACCAACAAAUACCCUCUUUGAGUCUGUCUUGUCUCAAAGGCGAUUCAUUUGGGUAUGCAUGCGGCAUCUUCGAUGGACUGAUGUGCAGUAUUGGCCAAGUUAAAGAUCUUUCUUUCAGUUCCAUAAUUUUUACGAGAGAUCAGCUUUCUAAAGUUAUCACAACAGCCAGACAUGUCGAGAAGAUCUCCUUUCACAACUGCGACUGGAAUAUUGAUACAGAUAAUAUAGAAGACCAAUGUUUCAACUUUAAACUAAGCGAAGGAAAAUACAAGACCAAGGUUCUUAGUAUGAGUCAUAUGGAUGAGGCUCAAAGAAAUUAUGAAUCUGCAGAGUCCAUAGUAGAGUAUGGAAGUAUGAUUUAUGCAAUCAGUGAAUCUGGUCUUAGAGAGUCACUCAAGCACCUCAAUAUCCUAGAUAGGUUGAAUGGACUAGAAAAUGAAGUCAGACAACAGCUCUCAUGCUUUGGAUUGUCUCACAUCACAGUGAGCACCGAAUAUCUUAAUCCUUAGCA